UCGUAACAAGAAAGAACUAUUUCCAACAGCCUGACCACCAUCUUCAAACACUAAAACCCUAAAUCCCUCCCCCAGUCUGUUAACAAAACCCGCCAGUCCGCUACUGCUUAAAACCCUAAGACCCAUAACCUUCUUCUAGGGUUUUAGCCGACCGCCUCCUUAACAAGACUCUCUCCUUGUAAGCAGGCAUGACGACAAGUGUAGCUUCUCAAUUACAAGCAAUCCGGUCAGUGAUUCAAACUGGUUUGGAGUCCAAAAAACGUCCCAUCACCCGACCCUCCAUUUUAUUCGAUCCUAAAGAAGCUGCUGAUCUUGACAUCGAUACUAUACUUGACAUUGCACUUUCAGGUUUGGAAGUACUUGUAAGCGCCGAUGAAAGGUUUAAGAACUAUAAAAAUGAUUUGUUUAGUCAUAAAAGUAAAGAGUUGGAUAGAGAAUUGAUGACUGGGGAGGAAAAUAAGCAUAUUAACUCGACUAUCAGUUCAUAUUUGAGGUUACUAUCUGGACAUCUUCAAUUGCCUGCAUCGCUUAGGACACUUGAGUACUUGAUACGAAGAUACAAGAUACAUGUAUACAAUUUCGAGGAUUUGAUUUUAUGCUCAUUGCCUUACCAUGAUACUCAUGCAUUCGUUCGAAUAGUUCAGUUGAUUGAUACAAGGAAUGGUAAAUGGAAGUUUCUAGAUGGUGUAAAAGCAUCAGGUGCACCGCCACCUAGAAAUGUCAUGGUGCAGCAGUGUGUUCGAGAUAUGGGAGUUUUGGAGGCGUUGUGCAACUAUGCAUCUCCUGCAAAGAAGUUCCAGCCAUCAAGGCCUAUAGUCAGCUUUUGCACAGCAGUGGUCAUAGAGGUAUUGGGUUCUAUAACAACAGUCAAUACAGAUGUUGUGCAGAGAAUCCUUCCAUUUGUUAUUUCUGGACUUCAGCCUGGCAGCAAAGGAGGUUCAGAUCAUAAGGCUGCUGCUUUGAUGAUUGUUUGUCUCUUAGCAAAUAAGGUUUCCUUGUCUCCAAAACUUGUCAAAAGUUUGAUGCGAUCAAUUGCUGAGAUAGUUCCAAAAGAUGCAAGCAAGUCAACUGAUCUGCAAUGGUUUCGUUUGUCAGUUAUGGCUCUAAUAAAUCUCGUUCAGCUGCAAUCAGUCGAUGUGUUCCCGAAGAAGGUACUGGAGAUUUUGAAGGAAACCAGGGAAAUAGCUGGGGUUCUUAUGGGACUUUCUAAGGAGUUCAAUAUCGAUAGAUUUCUUGCUGUGCUUUUGGAAGCUCUGGUUGACAACAGUUCUUCUGAUGAUACAUAUCAUCAUGUUUUGGUAUCCAUAUUGGAGACAGUUCCCAUAAAGAAUUUUGUUGAUCGUGUUGUUUCAAAGGUCCUCUUGUCUUGCAUGAAAAUGUCUCAGAAAAAUAGCAACCCAUCAUCAUCUCAAUCUGGAAGCUGGGCAAAGGACAUUCUGAUGGUUAUUAAUAAAAUUUAUCCAUUUGAACUUCAUCAAGCUGUUCAGAAGUUUUUGGAGGACACCAAAGUGCAAUCCAAAAAUGAUGAUGCAGUUUUUGAGAUUUGCAAAAUUUUGGAUGGCAACUUGGAUAUGUCAGCUUCCAUCUCUGAUUCUAAAAUUUGGCUUGCUUUGCACCAUCCAAAGGCUGAGGUCCGGCGUGCUACAUUGUCUGGUUUAAACAGACAUGUUGAUCUGAAAAACAUGGCUGUUGAUUCAAAGAGGCUUGUAACCAUUCAAGAUGCUGUAUUCUGCCAACUUCGUGAUGAUGACCUAACAGUUGUUCAAGCAGCUUUAUCUCUUAAAGGAUUGUCUGAAAUCAUCAGUCCUUCUGAUCUUCUCAAAGCAUUAGAUGGCGUGCUUAAAAAAUGUGUUAGCACCCUAAGGUCAGGUGCAUCAGAUAAAGCUGCUUUAGCUAAUGACGUUGCAAUUGCAUUUUUGAAGACUGCUGUCUCAACAUUUCAUGAUCAGAUUGAUUAUUCAAAGAAACUUGCUGCCAUGAUGUUUCCUCUUCUCCUAAUUUUUCAAAAGACACAGAGGCUAAAUUUGGAGGUCUUGGACUUGGUGAAAGAAGUGAAGUGGCCAUUUUAUAAUAAUCUCACUGCUGUUUCCUCUGAAGUGGUGAAAUUACGACAGGAAGUUAUAUCUUCGAUCAACAUGAAGAUUGUUAAUGGCUUGGCAGAAACAUUUUCAAUGCACCCGGGUGAGUAUAUGACCUGGCUUGUUGACAGCUCCAGUGACUGUACUGUCUCGAAGACGCUUCUGCUCUUGGUUCUGAUGCAAUCAUUUCUUAGGCCAAAGAAUAAAAGUGAGCAAUUCUCAGCACUUUUUGAAGCUUUCUUUUCUUUUCUGAAGACUGAGUGGGAGCUGCAGUCUGCAGUUGUUUCUGGGAAUGAGUUCAAUAAUGACAUGCUUCAAUGGGAUUGUGGAAGGUUCCUAGAUCAGCUGUUUGACACCGAUCUCAAGGCAUUAAAUAUUAAUAUCCUAAUCUGCACCUUUUGGAGGUUAUUGGAGGCUUUUACUUCAAUGGAGGACAAUCAGCAGUUGAUUAGCAGCAGACUUACAGAUUUAUUUGUCUUUUUCUCGAACUCUCAGUCCAAGCAUUUUUUCAAGGAGCAUCUUCAUUACCUUGUUACAAAAUGCAAGAUCUCUCCUAUUGAUUUUCUGUCUGGUUUUUACACUAGUGAGGACAUUUCCAUUGCUGUCCAAGUUGAGAGCCUUCAUUGUCUUGCAUUCCUUUGCUCGGAACCCGACGAUAGAUUGCUGCUUCAGCUUCUAUUGAAUUUCCCCUCACUUCUUGUUCCUCUUGCCUCUGAUAGCCAGGAUCUCAGGAUUGCUUCCAUGGGCUGCAUUGAAGGGUUAUCUGCUCUGUCACAGCGCGCUGACUAUUUAAGCAAGAAAAAUGGGAACAAUGCAAAUUGGAGUCAUUUUCUUGAUGAGUUAUUGGGCCUGAUCGUGCAACAAAAAAGGCUUAUAUUAUCAGACAGUAAUUUUCUACCCUCGUUUUUGUGCUAUUUGCUUGGCUCAUCCAGGAAUAGCCUUCUGGUACCACAAAAUGUUGAACAAAGAUUUGAUCAAUCUACUAAAGAAAAGAUUCUUGCCUUUGUCUUGGGGUCUGGACUUCAACUGUCCUCGUUUGCAAAGAUGAUGAUUAUAUCUUUGCUUAAAGGAAUGGGCAGCAUGUUACUUCAUGUUAAAGAAGCUGAGUCAUUGCUGUCUCGACUUCUGAAAAGACGCCGUCAAUAUUAUUUCAAGGUGGACAGGUCAUCCCAGAAAUUGUCCAAAACUGAAGUCAAGAUCUUGUGCCUUCUACUGGAGGUUUGUGCCAUGCCUCCAUCACUGGAGGGGCAUGCUUGUGAAGAUUAUCUAUUACAGGCCCUGCAACUGGAUGGGCUCUCUUCUGAAGAAUUUGCCAUUAUAGAACCUUGCAUUACUGUUUUGCAGAAGCUAAGUGCCCCAUUAUACAGUGGAUUCACAACUGAAAAACAGGAGCUUCUAUUUCGUGAGCUUGUGAUUUUGUUUCGCAAUGCUAAUGGUGAUAUACAAAAUGCAACAAGAGAGGCCUUGAUGCGCUUAAAUGUUACCUGCUCUACGGUAGUCCAUACAAUCAAUUUCAUAUUCGAACAAGAAAGUCGUAUAGGUGGUUCUGCAUCCGGGAAGAAGAAAAGGAAAUCAGUAGUGCAUCAAACAUCCACCUUAGAUGGUGAUGUGGUUUGUAAAGUAGAAACUGCAUUAUGCUUGCUAAGCUCCCUCCUUGACAUAAUGAUUCUCAAGAAAGAUAUUGCUAGCAGGGAGCAUCUGAUAGGGCCCUUAUUCAAACUUGUUGAGAAAAUCUUUUCGGAUGAUUGGAUGCCUGCCCAAGAUGAAAACUGGAUCAAAGCUUCAUGUGGAGUUUCCCAGACUGGGUCUAGCACGAUUUGUUACACUCAGCAAACACUUCUACUUGUUCUUGAAGAUAUUAUCAGUUCACUAAAAAAUGUUAUCCCAUUAAAGGAUGACAUAACAAAUAAAAUCAAUAUCAAAUUGUUGAUCAUGUGUGCCCGGUCUGCUAAGCGUGGAGUCGUCCGCAACCAUGUAUUUUCACUGUUAUCAUCCAUUGUAAAGGUUGUUCCAGAAAAUAUAAUGGGGUAUAUAUUGGAUAUAUUUACCGUUGCUGGAGAAUCAACUGUUUCACAGAUUGACAGCCAUUCACAACAUGUGUUUGAGGAUCUUAUAUCUGCAGUUGUCCCCUGCUGGCUGGCCGAGACACGCAACACAGACAAAUUGCUCCAGGUUUUUGUGAAUGUAUUGCCCAAAAUUGCUGAGCAUAGGAGGCUGUCAAUCGUUGUGUACUUGUUGAGGACUUUGGGUGAACAUAAUAGCUUGGCUUCAUUGCUUGCCCUUCUUUUCCAGUCCUUAGUUUCUAGGAAAGGACUCUCCCUCCUUGAUGAAACAAAUGAUAUUACAUCUUCUGUAGAGAGAGAGUGGGAGUAUGCAUUUGCAAUUCGGAUAUGUGAGCAAUAUUCAUGCAGGAUUUGGCUUCCCUCCCUUGUUCCUCUGCUUCAACUAAUAGGAUCUGGCAAUUCAUGCCAAGAAAUGUUUGUGGAAUUGCUAUUUGCAACAGAAUUUAUUUUACAUAAGUUAGAAGAUCCAGAAUUCUCAUUCAAACUUCAUUCAAGCGAGGAUUCAGAUAAAAUUCAGGAAACCCUUCAAGAACUUUUGGAGCACGUUGUUUGCCUUUCACAACUAAGUGAUUUGAGAAGAAAACAAAUAAAUGUGCCUGUCAGAGUCAGAAAGGAAAUGAAAGAGUGUAUGCAUGCUGUUUUGAGGUCUACUACAGCUGUUAUGAUCCCCUCCGCAUACUUCAGAGGCAUCAUUAGUUUGCUUUGCAAUUCAGAUGGAAAUGUGAAAAAGAAGGCUCUUGGGCUUCUUUCUGAUACAUUGAAGAAGCGUGAGUCAAUUAAAACAAAACACAAGGGAAGAAGAGAUUCCAUUGCAAGUUCAAUUACUGAUUGGUCCCAUGUGGAUGGGAGUACCCUUGACUCUUUUCAGCAGCACAAGGGAAGAAGAGAUUCCAUUGCAAGUUCAAUUACUGAUUGGUCCCAUGUGGAUGGGAGUACCCUUGACUCUUUUCAGCAGCACAAGGGAAGAAGAGAUUCCAUUGCAAGUUCAAUUACUGAUUGGUCCCAUGUGGAUGGGAGUACCCUUGACUCUUUUCAGCAGAUGUGUUUGGAAAUUGCUCGGCUAAUUGAUGAUACAAUGGAUGACUCAGAUACCUCCUUGAAACUGUCAGCAGUUUCUACACUGGAAGUUUUGGCCCAUAGAUUUUCUUCUAAUUAUUCUGUCUUCAGCAUGUGCCUUCCAUCUGUCACAAAAGGCAUUUGUUCGAACAACUUGGCUAUUUCUUCUAGCUGCCUUCGAACAACUGGUGCUCUAGUCGAUGCUCUUGGGCCAAGAGCGUUUGUUCAGCUUCCUCAAAUAAUGGAGAACAUGAUAAAAACUUCUAGCAAAUUCUCUGCUGUGUUGUCUCUUCCUGAAGAAUCUCUUAUGCUCUCUAUUCUUUUUGCUUUAGAAGCUGUUGUGGACAAGCUGGGUGGUUUCCUAAAUCCAUAUCUUGAAGAUAUUAUACGACUCGUGGUGCAUGGUCCCGAGUACACAUCAGGAUCAAAAAUGAAACUGAGACAGAAAGCUGAUGCAGUACGGAAGCUGCUUACUGAGAAGAUCCCUGUUCGACUUGCUCUUCCACCGUUGUUGAAGAUGUAUCCCGAUACCGUGGAGGCUGGGGAUUCAAGUUUGGCAGUUUUCUUUGAAAUGCUUGGAAGCUUAGUUGGUACAAUGGACAGAUCAUCUGUUGGUGGUUAUAAUGAAACCAUUUUUGACCUCUGCUUGCGCGCUCUUGAUCUUCGUCGUCAACAUCCUGUUUCAAUUCAAAAUAUUGAUCUAGUUGAGAAAAGCAUUGUCAAUUCAAUGGUUGCUCUGACAAUGAAACUUACAGAGACCAUGUUUAAACCGCUCUUUAUUAGAAGUAUUGAAUGGGCUGAGUCAUAUGUGGAAGAAAAUGACAGUAAGGACAAUGUUAUAGAUAGGGCCAUAUCUUUCUAUGGUCUGGUAAACAAACUUGCUGAGAAUCAUCGGUCUCUGUUCAUUACUUACUUUGAGUACUUGCUAGAGGGUUGUGUUCGGUAUCUUACCAAUAUUGUAAAGCCUAAAGGUGCUGGUUUGAUUCAAAAGAAAAAGAAAGCUAAGAUUCAGGAAGCUGGAAGUGAUAUAAAAGAGAACAGUGUCCUAACACUUAAAAGCUGGCAUCUCAGGGCCUUGGUUAUUUCAGCUUUACAUAAAUGCUUUUUGUUCGACACUGGGAGCCGGAAGUUUCUUGAUUCGUCAAAAUUUCAGGUUCUGUUGAAACCCAUUGUAUCACAGCUUAUAGUCGAACCACCAGCAUUACUGGAAGAGCAUCCAAGUAUCCCAUCAGUUAACGAAGUUGAUGAAUUGUUGAUAGUUUGUAUAGGUCAAAUGGCAGUUACUGCAGGAACUGAUCUUCUUUGGAAGCCCCUGAACCAUGAGGUAUUGUUGCAAACUCGGAGUGACAAGAUACGAUCUCGAAUUCUAGGACUGAGAAUUGUUAAAUAUCUUAUGGAUAACCUGAAAGAAGAAUAUUUGGUCUUCCUGCCUGAAACCAUCCCAUUCCUUGGUGAAUUGCUCGAGGACUUGGAGUUACCUGUUAAAUCUCUGGCCCAGGAUGUUCUAAAGGAAAUGGAGUCCAUGAGUGGUGAAAGUCUUCAGCAAUAUCUCUGAUUUUGCUUAUUCAGUGCCCAAUACGAUAUAGUUAUGCUGAGCUAAUGUAUGUAAUGUUAUGUUUCGAGGGAAAGGGCACAUCACAAUUUUGAAUUUAUAGAAGAUUUAGGUCACCCAUCCAGCUUAAUCUUUUGCUUAGUCUACAGAGCCAUGGUGUUGAGUACUUGGGGUGCAAGAAAUUUGUUAUCAAGCCAUGGAUACUUGUCUGUAUCGCUGUACAAACAGCAUUGCUAUUAUAUAUGGAAGCAAUUCUUUUCAUGUCUUUUAAAAUA